CGCAAACUUUUGAAGCUGCUGAGACUUCUGGUGCUUGUUCCCUUGGCAACUUAGGACAGACCCGAGCAAUCCUCUCUCCCAUGGAGAUCGACCCGGACAUCUCUCGGUGGAUCCUCGACUUCCUCCUCCGCCAGCCCCUCCUCGACGACAGCUCCGUCAAGCUCGCCCUCUCCCUCCUCCCUCUCCCCGAUUCCGACCUCCGUCUCAAGAAAUCCAUCCUCCUCCGCUCCAUCCGGUCCGAAAUCGACGCCGCCUCCGUCUCCGAGAAGACCCUCGAUGCGCUUGAAGUCAUCGAAGAGGUGGACAGGAUGGCCGGCGACCUCCCCGUCUCCGACGCCAUGCGGGAGGCGUACCGCUCCGUCGCCGUGGAGUGCGCCGUCAGGUUCCUGCACGGGCGGGUAGAGGAGCGGGGCGAGUAUUUCCGUGCCGUGGAGAGGAUCUGGCGUGGGAGGGUUCGGAGGAUGGAUGAGUCGGCGACCAAGAGUGGGCUCCUCUCGCCGGAGUUGCUCCGGUGGAGGCUCCGCGUCGAGGCGGCGAUGCACGAUGGGGGCGAGCGCGAGAAUCUGUUGGCGAUGAACACGAGAGGCGAUGCGUUUAGGUCGGUUAGGGCUUAUUUGGGCGAGGCGUGGGAGAGGAUGGGUCCUUCUUUCAUUGAGGUCGCGGCGAGGCGGAUAUCCGAGGCCAAUACGUGCAGAGAAUUGGUUCUUGCGAAUGAGAAAAUUCCCGAAACGUCGAAGCGGGAUGAGGGAUUGAUCAAUACUAAGCAGCUUGCCCGCCAUAGGCGAUCCAAAGGGGGAGUUAAGAUCAUUGCUGAUAAUGGGGAAACCGGAAGAGAUGCAUCACGUAGCGAACUUGAUACACUCCUUUCGCCUGAUGUUAAUAGAGUUCAAGAAGCGCUCAAAUCUAGCUCUUUGGAGCUGAGAGCAGCGGUCGCGGACCCACUUCCUGAUGCAAUCCGAUUGGCCGACUCCCUUGUGCGUAACGCUGCCAGAUCAUCUACGAAUUUUGAAUGUGCAGAAGCACAGAUUAGAGAAGAUGUCGAUGCAUCCGAUGCCUCCGCCGACCAGAAUGCUGGGCCUGUCCCAGGUGGUGAAGUAAAUCAUGUUAACCGGUCAACCAGUCAUCAGAAUAACCAGUGUAGACCUAGUUUGUUUGAAAGGAAUAGCUCUGCUCGUACCUAUGAGUGGGACGAUUCAAUAGACGGUUCACCUGAAGGACCUUCGGGUCACUCAGAUAGGCUUCUCUUACCCAGCCCAAGAAGAAGCGCUGUUUCUCCAUUGAGGAAGCCAUUGACUCGGAGUUUGAAAGUUUCUGGACGGAGAAAAGUAAAGAGAUGGAGUUUGGAGGAAGAAGAAACUUUGAGGAAUGGUGUCCACAGGUUUGGCAAAGGAAAUUGGAAGCUCAUCCUAAACUGCUACCGCCAAAUUUUUGAGGAGAGAACCGAGGUGGACCUGAAGGACAAAUGGAGGAACAUGACCCGCUACUGAAGUGCAAAAUAAUUGGUGUUUCUCCCAGUGCUGGAGAGGCUUGCCGGCGCGUCUGUCGCUUGCCAGUGCAGAAGUUUGUGUCGAACUUAGGCGUUUCGACAUUCGUAGCGGUGUGUCUGUCCAUUUCGACUGUUGAAAACCUUCUUCAUAAGCUAGUUUGUGCGCAGCGAAGCACGUCAAGUGCACAAUAGUACAAUAGAAUGUACGCACGCAGGCGUAGUGACUCUUGAGUGGCCUUGAAGAGCUUGGAACAAUGGGAAAAAUUUAUGAGAAAAAAGGUGUCUUUUUAUGUAGUGUAAA